AUGUAUAUCAAACAGCACCACUACCUACACUACCUCUCUCCGUUCUACUGGCUGGAGCAAGCGUUCAACCUCUACUACAUCCUCAUACAGUAUGCUAUCAUUUUGAUGUUCAAGCCGCGUCCCCCUCCUGGCCCAGAAUACCCCAAGAACCCCAAGGGGCGAAUAGCCAUCAUCGGCGCGGGGCUCACCGGCAUCUCGAGCGCCACGCAUGCCAUCGCCCAUGGGUUCGAAGUGGUGAUUUACGAGCAGGACGACAAGAUUGGGGGCAUCUGGGCCCACGUCAACAAGACGUCCGGGUUGCAGCUCAACUCGAUGCUGUACCGCUUCUUCCCGGGCGUGCUCUGGACGCGCCCCUUCCCGCACCGCGAUGAGAUACUCUCUGAGAUCGCGCGCGUGUGGAAGGAGUACCACCUCGAGCCGCGCACGCGCUUCAACACGCCCGUCACGUCCGUCGAGCGCGUCAAGGGCUCCGGCGCGGACGUCAAGACGGACCCGGAGCGCUCGCGGUCCAGGUGGAUCGUCAACGGCGGCGCGGACGGCGAGUUCGACGCGGUGGUGUGCACCGUCGGGACGUGCGGGAAGCCGCUGCGGAUCGAGAUCCCGGGGACCCCAUAUUUGAACCAGAACACGAACGGCGCGGACGCAUCGGACGACGAGAAGAAGGAGGGCGACGAAGACGAGGAUGUGUUCGAGGGCGCCGUCGUGCACUCGUCCGAGCUCGACGACGCGGACCUCGACGGGAAGCGGCUCAUCGUCAUCGGGAGCGGGGCGAGCGGCGUCGAGGCGGUGGAGACCGCGCUGGCGAAGGGCGCGACGGGGUGCGUGAUGCUCGCGCGCGACGACAAGUGGAUCAUCCCGCGAAACAUCGUGAUCGACACGCUCAUCUCGGCGCAGCCGUUCGGCCGCGAGAUGCCGCUGUCCUUCCUGUGGGAGCGGUUCAUCGCGUGCUGGAACUACCGCGGGGCGCCCGAGCUCGUGCCGGCGAGGCUCGGCCUAUUCGAGAGCACGCCGGUGGUCAACGACGAGUUUAUCGGGCAUGUCAAGGCCGGGCGAUGCGAGUACGUCCGGUGCGACAUCGAGCGUUUGACGCGCAGCGGUGUGCGAGUCAAGGUGCGCGGGCGAGAAGACAAGCCAGGUGAAGGGAAGGAGGCUCGAGAGAUUCAAGGAGACGUCGUUGUUUUCGCGACUGGGUUCAAGAAGCCGGAGGUCAACUUCUUCAAGGACGACCUCUUCCCCGAGAGCUACGACCGGCCGAACCUGUAUCUGAAAAACUUUUCGACGGAGGACUGGUCGGUGCUGAUGACGAACUCGGCGUACAUGAACGCGAUAGGUACCGUUGGGCACUUCCACAUUGGUAUCUACAUGCGCAUCCUCCUCACCUUCCUGAUGGACCCUGGCGCUCGGCCCACGGGCAAGGACAUGAAGCUCUGGGUCGACGUUAUCCGGUACAUCAAGAGAGGCGCACGCGGCGGCGCCCUUGGGUUCUUCACGUACAUGGAACUCACGAUAUGGCUUCUCAUGUUCCACCUGUUCCGUCUGGACAGGUUGAAGUGGCUGUUCUUCAUCAUGCAGGGGUGGAGGGUGUACCCGGAGGAGUAUGAUCGAGGGGGUGCGAGGAAGCUGUAG